AGGUGCAACGUCAAUGGCGGAAGAAAAGCAGAGAGAGCUUCGUGUGGUGAUGUUUCCUUGGUUUGCCCACGGUCACAUUACGCCCUUCGUUGAGCUUGCCAAAAGCCUGGCCAGUCAUGAUUUUAAAAUUUUCUUCGUCUCAACCCCGCUGAAUAUCAGACGAAUUGAACCUCAAAUAUCGGACGCUGAGGGAAUAGAUCUGGUGGAACUGGCGAUGCCCUCCGUGGAAGGGCUACCUAAAGGCGUAGAGUCCUCCGCAGAUGCUGCCAAGAGAGGAGAAGCGCCACUCCUACUACCCUUACUCAAAACAGCCAUGGACCUUCUGGAAAAGCCCUUCGAAGCUCUAUUGCGACAGCUCUCACCAGACUUGGUAAUCCACGAUUUGGUGCAGCAUUGGGUUCCUCGUCUGGCCAAGCCCAUUCCCACCAUAUUCUUCCUCAUAUUGGGAAUGGCCAGCUUCAGCUUUGGAGAAGGACAGCUCGACAUCGCACCAGGAAACCCAAUCGCCCAGGAUCUGAUCGUCUCGCCACCCGGAUUCCCUUCAACGAUUAUUCAGCGCCAUUUGUUUCAAGCUCAGAGGGUCCUCGAGCUAUAUGAGAAGCACGCAGAUGGGCUUAGCAUUUCCGAUCGGGCCAGCAUUUGCGUGCGGGAGAGUUGGGCAGUUGCAUGCAAUACGUGUUUGGAGUUGGAAGGGGUGUACGUCGAGUAUUUGCAGAGCCUCAGAAAGCGGCCGGUGAUACCUGUUGGGUUACUCAUGCCUAAACUCCCGCCACUCCCCAUCGAUGACAUUUGCUUGCAGUGGCUCGACAGGCAGCCCGCUGGUUCGGUGGUGGUCUUGUCUUUUGGCAGCGAGUACGUUCUAACCCAACAAGAGCUCGCCGCAAUUGCAAUGGGUCUGCUGGAGAGCACGGUGUCAUUCCUCUGGGUUCUGCCUGCCGGAAACGACUUGCUGCAAGGCUUCCAAGAUCAGAUCGGGGAAAAGGGAUUGGUGGCGACAAAGUGGGUUCCACAGUUACAUAUUUUGAAUCAUUCUUCUAUAGGUGCGUUUUUAACUCAUUGUGGGUGGAAUUCAAUGACAGAAGGGUUAAGGUUUGGGGUGCCACUCAUAACUCUUCCAAUGCAAUUUGAGCAAGGGUUAAAUGCAAAGCUUGCACAAGAGCUUAAGGUUGGAGUGGAGGUGAGAAGAAAUGAAGAGGAUGGGUCUUUUACCAAGGAGGAUAUUUGUAAAGCAAUUAGAAUGGUAAUGAUAGGAGAAGAAGGAGCACAAAUUAAAUGUAAUGUCACAAAGCUAAGUGACAUGUUGACUAGCAAUAAUUUUCAAGUUAGGGAAAGAAACAUAAGGAACUUUGUCUCCAUGUUUAGAACUUUCAAUAAAUAAUUAGGCUGAUAGGUUUGAAAUUGUCUCUAUUCUUAGAGUCUUUAGAAAAUGAUUAGGUGUAUAGUGUCAGCUAUUGUGUUUCCUAUGGUUUGGAAGUCUUGGUGUGUGUUAGAUUGUUAUAUUGUGUUUGUUUGUCACAGAGUUAAAACCAAGGUUCAUAAGAUUAUAUGUUUGUGUGUUAGUGUUUAGUAAGUGUUUUCAAUAGUUUUCUAUGUAAUCAUGUGUUUGUGCAUGAAGAAUUGUAAGAAGGCUUAUAUAAGCCACUUUAUUUUUCUAUGUAUUUCAUCCUAUCACUUCCAUAUAUAGAAUACAUUACUUAUUGUGUGUG